AUGUCCGACUACGAAGAUGGAAUGGAAGUGGAUGCGCCACCAUCCAAGAACGCGAUUCAAUUCAGCUCCGAUAACACCGGCAAGAAAGCAAAGAGGACUGCUGCAGAUUUGCCUGUAGAAGCUCAAGACAAUCUCCCUUGGGUCGAGAAGUAUCGACCAAACACCCUAGACGAUGUCUCCGGUCACCAGGAUAUCCUCACUACAAUCAACAAGUUCGUCGAAGCAAACCGACUCCCUCAUCUGCUUCUCUAUGGGCCUCCGGGAACGGGCAAAACAUCCACAAUCCUCGCCCUUGCAAGACGAAUCUAUGGCACCAGCAACAUGCGGCAGAUGGUGCUCGAACUUAAUGCUAGUGACGACAGAGGCAUUGAUGUGGUGCGAGAGCAAAUCAAGACUUUUGCCAGCACGAAACAGAUCUUUUCAAUGGCGCCCUCGGCCUCAACUGGCUCGUCAUUGGCAUCUUACAAGCUGAUCAUAUUGGACGAAGCGGAUGCCAUGACCUCGACAGCGCAGAUGGCAUUACGUCGGAUCAUGGAGAAAUACACGGCAAACACGCGAUUCUGCAUUAUCGCGAAUUAUACACACAAGCUGUCACCGGCUCUACUCUCCCGGUGUACUCGGUUCCGUUUCAGCCCAUUGAAGGAGCAAGACAUCCGGUCGUUGGUUGACCACGUAAUAGAGAAGGAGCAGGUGCAGAUUCAGCCAGAGGCCGUGAGCAGCUUGGUUAAGCUGAGCAAGGGUGACAUGCGUCGUGCGUUGAACGUGCUCCAGGCCUGCCAUGCCAGCAGCAAACCGCUUCCGAUGAAGAACGCCACGAAGGAUGAACCGCCAGCCGAGGUUGAAACUAUCACGAACGCAACGAUUUACGACUGCAUUGCUGCACCACAUCCCUCCGACAUCCAAGAGAUUAUGACCACUCUAUUGUCUACGAGCGAUGUCACCUCAUGUCUGAACACUCUGACCACCAUCAAGGCCAACAAAGGCCUCGCCCUGGCUGAUAUACUGUCUGCUUUGGCGGAGCAGCUGCAGGAGCUCGAAGUACCGGCUCAGACGAGGAUUACUUGGUUAGAGGGGCUGGCCGAUAUCGAAUAUCGGCUUGCGGCAGGCGGGUCAGAGACCAUGCAAACUGGAGGAACGGUGGGUGUGGUACGAAACGGAUGCGAAUUGAUGGAGGCAACGGCACGAUGA